AUGAAUAUUAUAGGGAUACUUAGUUUUUUGUGUUUUAUUUAUGCAGCAUUUGCACAAGUUAACCAAUUGGAGAGACGUGGUUGUAUAAUACCAAAAAUUUUUCAAGGAUCAUGGUUUUCUUGGGAAGUAGGUUUACCAACACAAACAGUAAUAGACGCUACUUCAAUGUCACGGCGUGGUUAUUGUGUCGAUAUGAGCAGACAACUUGGUGAUGAAUACUCAUUUGUCUUUAAAGACACUAAAAAGGAUUGUUAUCAUUGCGUGAAAACGCUAAUUCGUACCUUAAAUAUAUUUGAAAAAUUUGAAGGUCCUUGUACAUCUAUACCGCCAGGUGCAGAACCGAGUGUAGAGAAUGUUUGUGUGGGUAUAAAAGAUGACCAACAACUAAUAACACUUUUUAAUGAGAAUUUUUUGCCUUUAAAUUGUCGUUCGUCUCUUGAGGGUGUAUGGCACUUUACAUAUCAGAAUCGUUUUCGUUUUACUGGUGUUUGCGAUAAACCAGAUGCUCGUAUACAAUCUUGUCAAACUGCUGGAACUCAGUUUUUGAUUCAAAAUCAAAAAUUUAAUAUUACAUAUCAACAUUGUGAGGGUAUGGAAGGUACUUUAAGUGGACCUAAAGAGUACAGUUGCUUAGGUGAUUGGUUCGUUGGAAAAAAUCAUUAUUUUGCUGUUGCAAAUACAAAAGAAUCUCGUAUAGAUGAAAAAUAUCGGUGUUUCCUCAAGAAUCGUGACGAUGAUCUAUAUAUUGGCGUAUCUAUAACGCCAGAAUGCAAUACACUUAAAACACCAGAAAAUUCUCCUGAACGUUUAAAACUUACACCUGUUAAAGCUGAAUAUGUUGAACCUGGGUGUACACUACCUCAAAAUUUUAGUGGAGAAUGGGUUAAUACUGCAAAUAUUGAUGCAGAUAUUAUAAUAAGCGAAACGCAUAUAAAUGAAACUUACUAUCCAGAUAGAGCACGUUAUCGACGGACUAUAUAUGUUUGUCGAGAACGACGUGGCACUCGCAUUAUGAUGGCACGUCUAACAGUAGAUGGAUGUCAAAAAGAUUACGUUUGUUUUGAUUUUUUGCCAAGACAUCAUAAUAUCAUACGUUAUCGUAGAGGAUUAGCUGUGAUAAAAGAUGAUUUUAGCACAGUUUGCUCUUGGGUUCAAUUUAACAAUGCUGAAUCUUGGAAAUAUGAUUUAUUCCUAGCAAAAAAUCCAGUACCGGUUCGUUGUCCCGUAGCAGGGAAAUUUAAUUUUACACAAAAAGGUGAACAUCCAUUCAGAACAAGAAUUCUUGGUGGUGUUACGCUGAGUCCACGUCCUGACAUACACUGUAAGCAAAAUAUAUCAGACAUGUCAGUGUGUGAUACUGAUCAGAAGGAAAUGGCCAUAGAUGAAAAUUAUUGUUUGUCAGUUGAUCAUUUAGGUGUUCCUGUAGAUAUAUACAGUGAUCCUGAUUAUCGAAUGAAAUGUAUUGGCUUUUGGAAAGAAAAUCUCAAAUCAUACCUCAUUACAUACGAUGACUUGGAUCCACUUUCCAAGUAUCGUUGCUGGGUUUAUCAACGAGCUGAUUUAAAUCGAGUGCUUAUGUCACAAGCUGUGGGUGCAUUUUGUAAAUUAAAUCAAGAUGUUCAAUCUUGGAAUCAUAGCGAAGGCGCUGCUGUCGCAAUUGAUGCUAUCGAAUAUGAACGUGAACGUGAUGAUUGCCCUAUGUAUUUUGAUGAUGGCGAAAAUCCUUGGAAACACUCUGAUGCUUCUAACAUAAUAUUUGAUUGGGAUUUCUAUAAAGCUGGUGCUAGUCGAAUAGUUCAUUCUAUUAAUUAUCUCGUCUUUUAUACUAUUGGAUUAGUAUAUAUAAUUUUAAAAGUUUGGUGAAUUUAUAAUCACAAUCAUCUCAAAUAUUAUUAACAUAAUAUCGAAUAAGUUGUAUAUAUGUUAACAUAUUGGUUGUGUUACCAAUAUGUUAACAUGGUUCCAUUUCGAAUCUAAGAAUACUAAAUUAGGUAGUUUAAAUUCCGUCCGAUUUUAUAUGUAAUAAGUUACUAAAUUACAUAAAAUUCACAAAAUAGAUGUGGCGAAUCUCUCUGAAUCUAUUAACAAUAAAAAAAUAUUUAACUUGAAGUCAUGAAUAAGUCUAAUGAAUGCAAUCAAUAUGCACUUAAAUUUACCCAAAUCUUAUGACACAAAUUAUAUAUAAUUGAGAAUGUUUUCAAUGUUGUUUGAAAUUGUAACAGUUCUAAUCAAUUUGUAUCAUAAAACACAAAUGGGUAUGACAGACUAUGAAUCAAAUAUGCUUCUUUAAAAUAUGAUGCCGUCCAAUAUAUAAAUAUAUAUAUAUACCAUACAUCUAAC